GAGAGACCCAAGGAAGAAUUUGGCGAUUUGAAAGCGGAGGUUUUUUAGCUCGGACGGAGGUGGGCGGGCUAAGUUUUGGGUCCUCAUCUGGUGAGGUCUCGCGUUAAUGACGUCACAUUCUUUCGCGGGAGAAAUUCGAAAGUGGAUUUUGUGCAAUUUGACAGGUGAGGUGAAGUGUUUCUCGGGAUUUCCUAGGAAUGACUUGAGCGAUUUGGGGCGAAGGGACGAAAGACUCUGCUCCGUAAGAAGAGAACCGGGAAGGAUGCUGUUUGGAACCAGGAUUGGGUUGGUCGCAGUCACAGCUACUCGGACUGCUUGUAGUAAGUGGUGCCUCUCCACUGUUUUUCCCAGGCCCUGCUUUGCAAUUUCGAGUGGUAUAAAUAGUUGAAUAUUUCCUAUUUUCUGGACCCGGCUGGUUUAUAACUUCAGAAGAAAUAAUGGAAAGCCAAGAAUUUAUUGUCCUAUAUACUCAUCAAAAGAUGAAGAAGUCAAAAGUGUGGCAAGAUGGAAUUCUGAAGAUCACUCACUUAGGAAACAAAGCAAUUUUAUUUGAUGACAAAGGAGCAUGUUUGGAGAGUCUGUUUCUUAAAUGCCUUGAGGUGAAACCUGGAGAUGACUUAGAAAGUGAUCGAUACUUAAUCACAGUUGAAGAAGUUAAAGUUGCUGGAGCCAUAGGUGUUGUUAAGCAGAAUGUCAAUAAAGAAGCACCAGACUUAAAUUCAAGGACAUUUAUAUCCUCUGGCCGAUCUCUUGGAUGUCAGCCCUCUGGCUUAAAAAGGAAGUUUACUGGUUUUCAAGGACCACGUCAGGUUCCAAAGAAAAUGGUUAUUACGGAAAGUGGUGAAUCAGCUGCAUCACAUGAGGCUAAGAAAACUGGCCCUACUAUUUUUUCUCCAUUCUACAGCAUGCCUCCUUUGUUUCCUACUGUUGGCAAGAAAGAUACAAAUAAUAUACUGGCAGACCCUGAGAACAUUGUGGCUUACAAGAACAGAGAGAGAAACGCCAUGGAUUUUUCUUCAGUUUUUUCUCCAUCCUUCCAGAUUAACCCAGGAGUGCUGUGUGAAGAAAAUUAUUUUUGCUCUCCUGUCAAUUCUGGAAAUAAGCUUUCAGACUCUUUACUGACCAAUGAGCCUGUGAAAAGAGAUAGUUUGGCAUCUCACUAUUCAGGAGUUUCACAAAACAUCAGAAGCAAAGCACAGAUAUUAGCUCUUCUGAAGUCUGAAUCAUCUAGUUCAUGUGAGGAACUAAAUUCUGAGAUGACAGAGCAUUUUCCUCAAAAACAACCACAAGGAAGUUUAAAAAUUGCUACUAAACCAAAGUACCUAAUUCAACAGGAAAAGUGUGCUGAGAUGAAGAGCACAGAAAAUUUAUACUACCAGCAUCAAUCAGAAAAUACCAUGAGAAAUAAAAGCCGGUGGGCCAUGUACUUAUCCUCACAGAGUUCACCUAUACAUUCUUCUACUGUAGAUGGGAAUGAUACAGAAAGGAAACCCAAGGCCCAGGAAUAUGAUAUAAAUUCUAAUUUGAAAGACCUUUCAUUACAAAAAAAUAUACAGUUCUUUGAAACAUGUGCUGAAGAGAGGAAAAAGUAUAAUGUAGACAAGUCAGUUGGUAAUGAUCAAUCCUGGAAUCAGGAAGUAAAAUUAGAAAUUCCUUCAUUCAAUGAAAGCAGUAGCUUACGGGUUACUUGUAGCAGUGCAGGAAAUGAUGGUACAUUAUCAGAAUCUGACAUUCAAGAAGAUAAUAAAAUACCUUUUAAUCAAAAUGACAAGGGGUACUUUAAAGGAUCAGUUCUCAUGAAAGAAAAUGCUCAGGAGGUAAAUACAUGUGGAACACCGGAAAAGGAGUAUGAACAAUCGGAGUCAUCUCUGCCAGAACUGAAACAUCUCCAAAUUGAAUCUAGUAAUAAUUCUAGGAUCUCUGAUGAUAUUACAGACAUGAUUUCUGAAAGUAAAAUGGAUAAUGAAAGUCUUAAUAGUAUUCAUGAAUCUCUGAGUAAUGUAACACAACCAUUUUUGGAGGUAACUUUUAAUCUGAACAAUUUUGAGACCAGUGACACUGAGGAGGAAUCACAGGAAAACAACAAAAUUUCCCAGGAUUCAGAGAGUUGGGUAAAGGACAUUUUGGUUAAUGAUAGCAAUUCAUGUUUUCAAAAGAGGUCUGAGAAUACAAACUGUGAAGAGAUUGAGGGUGAACAUUUGCCAUUCUUAACAUCUGUUAGUGACAAACCUACAGUGACAUUUCCUGUUAAAGAGACUCUGCCAUCACAGUUUUGUGAUAAAACUUAUGUGGGUUUUGACAUGGGAAUUUGUAAAGCUGAAAACACGGGAAAAGAAAUAGAGGAGUAUAGUGACACAUUGAGCAAUUUUGAAUCUUUCAAGUGGACUGAUGCUGUAUACAUAGAUAAUAAAGAAGAUGCUAAUAAACCUAUUCAAGAAGUCAGAAUUAACUAUGAUUUUGCUUUACCCCCGAAUAAAUCUAAAGGUAUAAACAUGAAUUUACAUAUUCCUCAUAAUCAAAAUCAGAUUGCUGAAAACAGUGAUCUAUUUUCAGAAGAUGCUCAACCUCAGCCUUUUAUUUUGGGAAGUGACUUAGACAAAAAUGAUGAACAUGUUUUACCCUCAACUUCUAGUAGUGACAACAGUGUCCAACUAUUAAAUACCAAUCAGAAUCACUAUGAAUGUAUUGCACUUGAUAAAUCAAAUACCCACAUUUCCAGUUCUUUGUUUUACCCACUGGGAAAAAACCAUCUUAUUUCCAAAGACACAGAAGCACAUAUAUCUGAACCUGAAGAUUUGGGAAAGAUCAGAAGUCCACCCCCUGACCAUGUUGAGGUUGAAACUGCCAGAGAAGGCAAACAACACUGGAAUCCUAGAAAUUCUUCAGAACUUUCUGGAUUAGUAAAUACCAUUUCUAUUUUAAAGUCACUGUCUGAACACAGUACUGCUUUAGACAGCUUGGAAAUAUUGAAAAAGAAAAAUACUGUCUUUCAGCAAGGAACUCAACAGACCUAUGAGCCAGAUAGCAGUCCUGAAGUGAGGAAACCAUUUAUUACAGUAGUUUCACCAAAGUCUCCUCAUCUGCACAAGGAUUCUCAACAGAUACUAAAAGAAGAUGAAGUUCAACUAAGUGAACCACUUCAGUCUGUGCAGUUCUCUUCCUUGGGAAGUAAAGAAGAGACUGCUUUUCUAGCUGUUAUUCCUAAACAAAUAGAGAGAAAAACCUGUGACCCUAAGCCUGUUGAGUUUCAAGGACAUCAAGUAAAAGGAUCAGCUACUAGUGGUGUAAUGGUCAGAGGACACAGCUCACGGCUAGGAUGCAGUCAGUUAUCUCAAGAUAGCACUGAGUAUGAAAACUUUAUGACAGAGACACCAGAGUUACCUAGCACGUGUAUGCAGAUUGACUUCUUGCAGGUGACAUCACCAGAACAAAACGUCUCCACAUUGAGCCCUGUUUCUACCUUUUCUUUGAACUCAAGAGAUGAAGACUUCAUGAUAGAAUUCUCUGAGACGUCCCUGAAAGCAAGAACUUUACCUGAUGAUCUUCAUUUUCUCAACUUGGAGGGGAUGAAAAAAUCCCGUUCUCUGGAGAAUGAGAACCUUCAAAGGCUUUCAUUAUUAAGUAGAACCCAGGUUCCACUUAUUACUUUGCCACCUACUGAUGGGCCACCUGACUUAGACUCUCAUUCGUAUAUGAUCAACUCUAACACAUAUGAGUCUUCUGGCUCCCCCAGGCUCAACUUGAGUGAGAAGUCAGCAGUUCUUUCUUUUAGCAUUGAGCCUGAGGACCAAAAUGAAACCUCUUUCUCUGAAGAAUCUAGGGAAGUGACUCCAGGGGAUGUUUCACUUCUCAAUAAUAUAUCUACUCAGAGCAAGUGGCUGAAAUAUCAAAACACAUCCCAAUGCAAUGUGACUACUCCAAACAGAGUUGAUAAGAGAAUAACUGAUGGCUUCUUUGCUGAGGCAGUUUCUGGAAUGCAUUUUAGAGACACAAGUAAAAGACAGAGUGAUGCUGUCAAUGAAAGCUCUUUAGACUCUGUGCAUUUGCAAAUGAUAAAAGGCAUGCUCUAUCAACAGCAGCAGAAUUUUAGCAGUCAAGAUUUGGUUUCCAGAAAGAAAGUACUUUCUCUGAAUUUAAAGCAGACUUCUAAGACAGAGGAAAUUAAAAAUGUAUUAGGAGGGUCUACCUGCUACAACUACAGUGUAAAGGAUUUACAGGAGAUAAGUGGCUCUGAGCUAUGCUUUCCAAGUGGGCAGAAAAUAAAAUCUGCUUAUCUUCCCCAAAGGCAAAUUCACAUACCAGCUGUUUUUCAGUCUCCUGCUCAUUAUAAGCAGACUUUCACAUCUUGCCUCAUAGAACAUCUAAAUAUAUUGCUGUUUGGGUUAGCACAAAACCUGCACAAAGCUCUUUCAAAAGUUGACAUAUCAUUUUAUACAUCAUUGAAGGGAGAGAAACUGAAAAACGUAGAAAAUAAUGUACCAUCCUGUCAUCAUAGUCAACCUGCAAAACUUGUCAUGGUUAAAAAGGAAGGUCCAAAUAAGGGUCGUCUCUUUUAUACAUGUGAUGGACGCAAAGCUGAUCGAUGUCAAUUCUUUAAAUGGCUUGAGGACGUGACUCCAGGAUAUUCAAUACAAGAAGGAGCUCAACCUGGCAUGGUUUUAAGUGAUAUUAAGGGUAUUGGCUUGUACUUAAGAAGUCAAAAGAUACCACUUUAUGAGGAAUGCCAGCUUUUGGUGAGAAAAGGAUUUGAUUUUCAGAGAAAACAGUAUGGCAAACUAAAGAAGUUUACUACUGUAAAUCCUGAGUUUUAUAAUGAACCAAAAACCAAACUUUAUCUUAAGCUGAGUCGGAAGGAAAGUUCUUCAGCUUAUAGCAAAAAUGAUCUUUGGGUGGUUUCAAAAACCGUAGACUUUGAGCUGGAUACUUUUAUUGCCUGUAGUGCUUUCUUUGGACCAUCAUCUAUCAAUGAGAUAGAAAUACUGCCUUUGAAAGGCUAUUUCCCUUCUAAUUGGCCCACUAACAUGGUUGUCCAUGCAUUACUGGUUUGUAAUGCUAGCACAGAACUGACUACUUUGAAAAACCUUCAGGACUACUUUAAUCCAGCUACCCUACCUCUAACACAGUACCUGUUAACAAUGUCUUCGCCAACUAUAGUUAGUAACAAAAGAGUCAGUAAGAGAAAAUUUAUCCCACCAGCCUUCACAAAUGUCAGUACAAAAUUUGAACUACUCAGCCUAGGAGCAACAUUGAAGUUAGCUAGUGAGUUGAUUCAGGUACACAAGUUAAACAAGGAUCAAGCUACAGCUCUAAUUCAAAUAGCUCAAAUGAUGGCAUCACAUGAAAGCACUGAAGAAGUGAAGGAACUGCAAACUCAUACCCUCCCUAUCACGAUCAUACAUGGUGUGUUUGGAGCAGGAAAGAGUUAUUUGCUGGCAGUGGUGAUUUUGUUCUUUGUACAGCUGUUUGAAAAGAGUGAAGCUCCCACCAUUGGAAAUGCAAGGCCAUGGAAACUUCUGAUUUCUUCUUCUACUAAUGUGGCUGUUGACAGAGUACUUCUUGGGCUUCUCGGUCUUGGAUUUGAAAACUUUAUCAGAGUUGGGAGUGUUAGGAAGAUUGCCAAACCAAUUUUACCUUAUAGCUUGCAUGCUGGCUCAGAAAAUGAAAGUGAACAGUUAAAGGAACUACAUGCACUAAUGAAAGAAGACCUGACUUCUACGGAAAGAGUGUAUGUGAGAAAAAGCAUUGAGCAGCAUAAACUGGGGACCAAUAGAACCCUGCUGAAGCAGGUUCGAGUAGUUGGAGUUACCUGUGCAGCCUGCCCAUUCCCAUGCAUGAAUGAUCUUAAAUUUCCUGUAGUUGUGCUGGAUGAGUGUAGUCAGAUAACUGAACCGACCUCUCUCCUUCCCAUUGCAAGGUUUGAGUGUGAAAAGCUGAUUCUUGUUGGGGAUCCCAAACAGCUACCUCCUACUAUUCAGGGUUCUGAUGCAGCUCAUGAAAAUGGAUUGGAACAAACUCUUUUUGAUCGACUUUGCUUAAUGGGUCACAAGCCAAUUCUAUUGAGAACUCAAUACCGUUGUCAUCCUGCAAUCAGUGCUAUUGCUAAUGAUCUGUUUUACAAAGGAGCCCUCAUGAAUGGUGUAACAGAAAUAGAGAGGAGCCCUUUAUUGGAAUGGCUACCAACCCUGUGUUUUUAUAAUGUUAAAGGACUAGAACAGAUAGAAAGAGAUAACAGCUUUCAUAAUGUGGCAGAAGCUACAUUUACACUCAAGCUGAUUCAAUCACUGAUUGCAAGUGGAAUAGCAGGCUCUAUGAUUGGCGUGAUAACAUUAUACAAAUCCCAGAUGUACAAGCUUUGUCAUUUACUCAGUGCUGUGGACUUUCACCAUCCUGAUAUUAAAACUGUGCAGGUGUCCACAGUAGAUGCUUUUCAGGGAGCUGAAAAGGAGAUCAUUAUUCUGUCCUGUGUAAGGACAAGACAAGUAGGAUUCAUUGAUUCAGAAAAAAGAAUGAAUGUUGCACUGACUAGAGGAAAGAGGCAUUUGUUGAUUGUGGGAAAUUUAGCCUGUUUGAGGAAAAAUCAACUUUGGGGACGAGUGAUCCAACACUGCGAAGGAAGGGAAGAUGGAUUGCAACAUGCAAACCAGUAUGAACCACAGCUGAACCAUCUCCUUAAAGAUUAUUUUGAAAAACAAGCGGAAGAAAAACAGAAGAAAAAGAGUGAAAAAGAUAAAUCUAAAGAUAAAUCUUAUUCACAAAAAGACAUGGUGUAAAUAUUUUGUAUUUAUGUAAAUUCAGACUCAUUUUACAUGAUAUGUUUUUUAUAUUUUUAUUACUAUAGACCCUCUUAUUAAAAAUAUGAAAUUUAAAUAACAUAGUAAACACAUGUAAAAAUUUUGUUCUUCAAAAAAGUAUACAAAAGGUAGUGUAAAAUCCUAAUAAAAAUAAGCUUUUUUCUUUUU